AAAUGCAAAACCUGACUUGUUAAACCAUUUCUUCUCGCUAUCCAACUUCGCCGGCGUCGUCUCCGCUCGCCGGAAAUCCAAGAAUCUAAGACAAGAUCGAUGAUGACGAUGAUGGGAAUGGGCGAGGUGUGGGGGAGUAUGGGGUCGGCGGUGGUGACAAUCAUGGUGCUCUGGGCAACCUUCGACAAGUAUUGUCCCUACGAAUUCCGAAGUUAUUUCAAGAAAUACGCUACGAAAUUGAGGAAUUUGGUCUACCCUUACAUCCACAUCACCUUCCAUGAGUUCUCCGGCGAGGGCUUCGAAGGCAGCAAAGCGUACAGAGCCAUCGAGCGCUACCUCUCCGUCAACUCCUCCGCCCAGGCGAAGCGGCUCAAGGCGGAGGACAUCAAGGACUCGCAGACUCUGGUUCUCAGCAUGGACUAUCACGAGGAGGUUGCCGACGAGUUCCGGGGGAUCAAACUCUGGUGGGUUUCCGGCAUGGACGUCCCCAACCGCCAGACCAUUAGUUUCAGCGGCCGAGGCGGAGAUGAGGCCAAGAAGUAUUUCACCCUCAAGUUCCACAAGAAGUACCGGGAAAUCGUCACCGGAGCUUACCUGAAACACGUCUUGGAGGAAGGGAAAGCCAUCACGGUGAAGGACCGGCAACGGAAGCUCUACACAAACCUCAAGAACGACGAAGGAGGAUACUACGGUCGGCGAAGUAUGUGGACGCAUGUCGUGUUCGAGCAUCCGGCGACGUUUGAUACUCUGGCUAUGGACCCGAAAAAGAAGCAAGAAAUCAUCGACGAUCUUGUCGCGUUCAGUAAAUCCAAAGACUAUUACGCCAAAAUCGGCAAGGCGUGGAAACGUGGUUAUCUCCUCUACGGCCCUCCGGGCACCGGAAAAUCUUCCAUGGUGGCGGCUAUGGCGAAUUUCCUUGGAUACGACGUGUAUGAUUUGGAGCUAACCGCCGUGAAGGAUAACACCACGCUCAGAAAACUCCUGAUCGAUACUUCCGGCAAGUCGAUUAUAGUAAUCGAAGAUAUCGAUUGCUCCCUGGACCUCACCGGCCAGAGGGAAGGGCAGACGAAAGAUAAAUCCGGCGUCGAGAAAUUAGAUCCGCUGAAAAUGGAAGAGAAGAAGAGCGAAGUGACACUUUCCGGUCUACUCAACUUCAUCGACGGCCUCUGGUCCGCCAUUGGAGGAGAAAGGCUCAUCGUCUUCACCACAAACUUCAGGGAAAAGCUCGACCCGGCCCUGAUUCGGAGAGGAAGAAUGGAUAAACACAUCGAGCUGUCAUACUGCGGAUUCGAAGCGUUUAAGGUCCUGGCUAAAAACUACUUAGGAAUCCAAACCCACGAGCUUUUCCCGACGGUGGGGCGGUUGUUGACCGAGACCGGCAUGACGCCGGCGGAUGUUGCGGAGAAUUUGAUGCCCAAAGCGGCCGAGGACGACGAGACUACGUGUCUGGAGAAACUGGUUCAGGCUCUGGAGAAAGCUAAGGAAGACGCGAGACUGAAAGCAGAGGGAGAAGAAGAGGAGAAGAGAAAGGCAGCGGCGGCAGAAGAAAAUGAACAGAAAAGCUUAGAAGAAACCAUGGCGGCUGCAAAUGGUGUGAAGGAAAAUGGUCACGUUUCGAUCAAGGAUGAUUGAGACCAAGAAGACAAGAAUGAACAAAGACUAUGGAGAUAAGAGCAACGAACGGCAAUGAUUAAGCGGCAAGAUUUGGGGUUUUUCCGAAUGAUUAACAAUAAUAAAUGUACCAUUUUGCUUAAAAAUAAAUAAAUAAAAUGGUUCAUCGUUGCAUAUGAUUCCAAUUA